AAUGGAUUACAUCAAUCUCCUCAUACGAGUAUACUAAACGAACUCGUAUAGAUUAGAACAUUAAAAAACUUCUCUCGAUCUAUGGAUAAACAAGCCAACAAUUAUUGCUUGGAUUUUGCUCAAUUCUACGAGGCCAGGAGUGCAAAAAUGAAACCGGUUAGCUCAUUCCUCAAUGUUCCAGACAUAAAUCAACGGACAAGCGACAGCAGUGAAGCAAUAGACGAGGAGGUGUCACAACAGGACAAGCGCACGGCCCGAGGGAUGCAACAGCAGAAGCCUUCCAUUCAGGACCAGACCCAGGCUCAGAAGCGUAUGUGCGCGCACAGAUCCGGCUGUGGUAUACACCGUAGCUUUCAUCCAGGCGAUUACCUAGCAAAACAGUCACAUCAGUGCCAGAAGUAUCAGAAGAAUUUUAAUCAGAGUCCAGGCAAGCAACAGCAGCCUUCUCAGGAUCCUCAACAACAGCAGCCGAAGCAGCAGUAUCUGGAACAAACAUGCCAGACUCCACCCAUACCGAAGCUGUGUCUUCAGACUUCAUAUCCGAAACUUCCUCAAGAACAGGCACAGCGUAAUGACAGCCCGACAAUGAAAGCAUCUUCAAUCAGCUCCAGCUCCGAAGCUAUGACAGUCCUAUUUCGGCGUCCUUCUCGACGAAAUGUUUCCUUUCUGACGGAAAAUCCAGAGCCCUCCAAUACAGCAGUUGGCCAACCGUCUUCAUGCUUGAGCAAUACGGAUGAGGCGAAUUUCGCUGAAAAUAUCGAUGAACCUGAACAGAAUUCUCCUCAACGCAAUCAAAGCCAGAAGAGAGCACCGAUAAGCAAAACUACAGACGUCCUAUCCCCACGUCCUCAUCAGUACAGUCCACAAAAGCCAAAGAUGCUUUGUAAGAACACGGACGUGAUAGACUUUGACAAAGAUUUGAAAGGACUUGAUAAAAACUCAUCAUACAAAUACAUUGAAUAUGCCCCUAAACUGUGUCAGAGUCCACCGCAUCAGACGAAUCAGAAUAUUUUUCAUAAGCACAAACAGGAGCAUUAUCAAAUGAUGUCACCGUCACGUCCGAAGGUCGGAAAACAGCAAGCUAAGCACAUCCAAUUGUCGCCUCCUCAUCAAUACAGUUGUCUACUUGAGCCGGAUAAGUGGGGCAGAGAGAUUGGUGGGGAACUUCUCGCUAAGAACUCGGACAUUCUUACAUCAACAUCCUGGAGCGGGAUCUCCGAGAAGAAUUGCGAAGAUUCUACUGUAAAACAAAAACGAUAUAACAAAUGCGGAAGGUGUAGUGACGAGAACGGCACGAACAGCACCUCCACGGGAUCGCCCGUGAUCACUAUGAAGAGCAGGGAAGAGCUGCGUUCCAUGGUCCGGGACGAGCUGUGUGCCUUGGUCCGGAACGAGAUUGAAAUUCAUUCGGUGUUCGGUGAACUGUCUGAUACUGUGGUCUCUCAUUUGAAGGACUAUUUGUGCGGGCUUUCAACAACUGACAAUGUUCCCCCGCCCAAGAGCCAGUAUAAGGAUAGCCAGUGUACAAAUGCACCCAAGAAUUCAGCCAUAGAUAAUGUCCUGGAUACCAAGAAACAGGAGUCAUAUCAAACCCAAAAGAAAGCAUCGUUCGGCAAAGGCAUACCCAAAGCUCAAGAAGUCCGAAUGCCGCAAAAUCCAGGACUAGCCAGAGAAAAUUCCGGAGAGUUCCAGUCUAUGAGCACACUGUACAAGAGCAUGGAGUAUGUUCCUAAACAGGGUUUGCUUCAGUAUCCUACUCAGCGUACGUCUCAGGAUCUUAUCAAGGAGCAGACACAGAAGUCGUAUCGGCGCGCUUCGUAUCACAAGAACCAAAAGCAACAUUCCUAUCGUACCUUCAAGCUGGAGGCAAAACAGAACUCUCAACAGAAGCAGCCUCCAAAUCAGCAGAUCUCGGACUUUCCUCCAUUCGCAUGCUUCAGCGAUACGCCUAAGGAUGAUUCCGAAGAGUCUAAUUUCGAAGUGGAUAAGAAGACACUCAACAAGCUCAUGGAAGGUUCCCCAAAGGACAAACUCAAACACACACUGUCCGGUGACGAGCAUGAUGUGUUUUCCAUGGCUAGUAGCAACUCGGUAUCGACUUCGAUCAGUGCGAAGAGCGGGGACGAGCUGCGUGCCAUGAUCUGGCACGAGAUGAAAUUGCAGUCGGUGCUCGGUGAUCAAAAAUCCACGUCGUCAAAGCCGCGAUAUAAGGAUGUAGAAGAGAAUGUGUCCAUCUUUUUAAACUUGAGUCAGCCCAGAGAUGACGGAAAUCAGGAUAUGAAGGAAACAAUGUCCAAACAUCCAAACAUCGCUUCCCUCCCGAAUUCGGCCAUAGAUGUUAAUGCGCCCACCGCUGAUUCAACUAAGGGUUCAAAAACAGAUGAGCUGCCACAAAUCAAGUGCAGUAUGAGUAUAGAUGAUUUAGUGAACUGCAAGGUCAUCACUCCCAUGAUCAUGAAGAUACACAACAGGUAUAUGACCUCUAUGCAGGAUGCGAUGCAGCUCAUGAAGUAUCUGGAGACGAUGCCGCGCCGUGUAGGUCAGAUUUACAAGGACAACAUCACGUUGGAAAAGAGGAAACUCUAAAAAUGAUGAAAGUCACUUUUGAUUCAAUGAUACCUCUUUAUAUAUUUUAUAAUUAUUGUAUUAAAUAA